GAACAUGUUAGAAUUGGUUAAAACCUGCUGUAAAGAUUGAUUAAGUUCUUUCUAUUUCUGAUUUAUAAUUUACAUAGAAUUUUUAGAUACGAAUAAAACUAUUAUAUUAUUAUUUUAAUAUGGCUCCGAUAAGUUCAAAGGAAGCUACCGUUAUAAUUUUAGAUGUUGGUGUAAAUGUUGUAACAUUAGACAAAGAAGAUGCAUUUAAAGAGACGUUCUUUGAACGAUCAUGCACUUGCUUAACAAAAUUAAUUCAAAGAAAGAUAUUUAAUAAACCCAAAGAUGAACUGGGGUUGAUACUUCUUGGUUCAGCGAACACAAAUAAUAUGCUUGCAUCAAAAUUCAAGGGAAAGUUUGAAAAUAUUGAAGAAGCCUUUUGCUUAUCACUAUCGUCAUGGGAAAUGCUUCAUUAUAUAAAUAAUGAUGUCACUCCUACAAAUAUUAAAGCUGAUUGGUUGAAAGGAAUUAUAGUAGCAGUAGAUUUCCUUAAAGAACAAAUCCAGGAUAAGAAGAUAGCUGCAAAAAAAAUUAUAAUGUUUACUAAUUUUGCUUCAGAAGUUGAGGAUGCAAGUAUUUUACCACAAGUUGUACAAGACAUUAAUGAUGCCCAAAUAGAAUUAAUAGUUAUAGGUGCCAAUGUCAUACCAGAAUUCAAUUCAGGCAAUGAAAGUGAUUUAGAAACUAGUUUUUUCUCACAAAAAGUUCCUAAGUUACCACAUCAAGAAGAGGGAGAAAAACUGAUUAGUCUUAUAAUUAAAGAGACAAACGGUUCUAUGUGCAAUUUUGAUGAUGCUGUGACAGAACUCAUGUACUUUGAGAAUAAACAGAUUAGGCCCACACCUUGGUAUACUAAUUUACAAAUUGGACCUGACAUAAGUAUUUCUAUUUGUGGUUAUAAGAAGAUCUCAGAUGAUAACUGCUUACCAACAUGGAAGAGAAGAACUACUGUAUUAGAUGGAGCAUGUGAAAUUCAACGGCAGUAUUUCAAGCAUUCAGAAAAUAAUUCAAAAAUUGAUAAAUCAGACCUAAUUCCUGGCUAUCAAUAUGGUGCUACCAUUGUGCCUUAUACUUCUGCCGAUGAGACUAUGAGCUAUUCUUCUGGUCCAAGAUGUUUAAUUAUUCUAGGUUUUACUAAGUUGUCUAAUAUUCAUCGUGAAUGGUUCUCAGGGAAUGGUGUUACUUGUAUAGUGGCACGGAAAGGUUAUCAGAGUUCCGAGAGGGCCUUUUCCGCUCUUGUUGAUUCAAUGCAAAAUAGUGAAGUUGUUGGAAUAGCUAGAAGAGUGUACAAUUGUGGAAAUGCGCCAACAAUACAAUGUUUAUUACCAAAGAUUACAAAUAAGUUUAAAUGCCUCUGUAUGAUACAAUUACCCUUUUUUGAAGAUCUGCAUCUUCUUAGCUUUCCACCCUUAUUAGGAAAAAAAAAUACGCCAAAUGAAGAGCAAUUAAAAGCUGUUGAUUCACUAAUUGAUUCUAUGGAUCUGAUGACGGCAGCCGAGACUGAAGAUGGCGAACCUAUGGAGGCAUAUCAUGUGAAGAGAACUUUAAAUCCAUAUAUGCAGCAUGCUUUCCAAAGCUUGUCAUUCCGUGCUAUGUAUAAGACCAAACAGCUGCCUCCAGUCCAGAAAGAUGUGCUAAAUCUAAUAAAUGUUCCUGAAAAAAUAUUGGAAGGUUCACAAAAGGCAAUUGCAAAAAUAAAGGAUUUAUUCCCACUAAUCGAGAAACAGGAAAUGAUAUCUGAACGGAACAAAUGGAUCAAUAGCCGUCUGAAGACAAUUGGCAAAGAGGAAGAUUUACAGAGUAUUCAAGAAGCAAAAGACAUACUUAAAAUUCAAGAUGCAAUUAAAGCCGAACUUGUUGAAGUGGGCACAGUGAACCCAUCAGAAGAUUUCUUAAAAUUAAUUACUAGAGAAGAUAAAUUGACUGUGAUUAAGCAGUUACAACAAGUAAUUUACAAUAUUCCUCUCAAGUCAUUUGACACCGAUUAUUCCAAAGCAUUGGUGGCUUUGAGAACAUUGAGAGAUGAAUGUAUCAAAACACACACAAAAGAAUAUAAUGACUGGCUGAAGGAGCUUAAAGAUGUUGUGUUAAAAAAUAGGAAAGACUUAUUCUGGAGUAAUCUGGUGAAAGAAAAUUUGGGCUUGAUUACUAUUGAUGAAAACCCAUUAAGCAAAAUAUCGCAACAAGAAGCUGAUAUGUUCCUGAAGGUUUCGGAAACAGAGUCUGUAGAACCGCCAGAAGACAUUGAAAUGGAUGAUUUGUUUGAUGAAAUGUAAUAAUGAUUGUAAAAAUAUAUAUUGUAAUAUAUAAUUACAACCUGUAUAAUUAGUUAUUAAUUACUAUCAUUCCUCACUAUCAGAUUCUUCUGAUUCCAAACUGGAAAUGGGAUCUUUUUCCACUUUCUUU